AUGACUCGCUCGGCGGUCCCUGAGCGCCCCGCGCACCCUGAGGAGGCAGAGACCAUGCAUGCGGAGUUGCGCAACGGCUACCCUUUCAACGAAAGACAGCAGUACAUCACCAAGUUCCCCAGUAGCUCUUUCCUUCGCUGCUCGCCUCCCGACCAAGUCACGGCGGACACGGCGUACACGGCAGAUGUGUCGGUUUCCGAAGAAGACCAUGAAGUUAUCGUUGAGAGUUUUUUGGAGUUUACGCGUGCCGUUCGGGGCACGCAGUUGCAGCUGCUUCGUGAGAAGUUCCCUUUCGGCGGUCCCACUUCCCCAAGCCUCUCCGCAGCAGCUUCUGUCUCUUCUGUCUUGCCCUCUCCCCUCGCGCCUCGCCCUGAAGACCGGGAGGCGAAGAGGCGGCUUCUGUACCGCAUUGUGGAAGGAGGUUUACAGCCUGGCGUGCUGUCGCAGUUCCUCCAUCACGGCGUGCACCAUCCGCAGGGGGUCUCUUCUCGGGCUUCGCCCAAGAGCGGGAAAAGCCAUCGAAAUGAGGCCCUCGAGGUGACGGUGUCGACAGCAGUCUCGGCAUCGCCUUCCACCUUGUCUCUUCCUCCUGGCGAAGGUUUGGAUGGCAGCUUUCUUUCGCCUUCAUGCUCCUUGUCGCAUGCAGAGGCCGCCGCCGUGAUUGCGGCUCGCGUCGACGCGGCCAGCUCGGCGGGGGUUGCCUUGCCUGGACAGCUGCAGGCGCUCGUGUCCCACUUGGAGCAUCGGCUGUACAGACACCGCAGGGAGAAGCGCCAGGGCGACGAGUCCCCGAAGGCUGCGGGUCUCGCUUCGGAGGAAGAAAGACGGAGGCACGCCCCUUUUCGAGCGUCCACCUUGCAAACCAGUGAAGAAGACUUUCACGGCGAGUUCAAAGACGGGACGGACGAUCGCGUGAAAAAGACGCGCGUCCUCGUCGGGGGGUCUCUUCUGCCGCUCGUGCUGGAUGGCACUGCGGUGUACGUACAGGAGGCGUGGCUGCCCAGACAGCCCGCCGACGACAGGGAGGCCCCAGAGCAACCGGGAAACGAAACCGGAGGAGAACAGAGAGAAGCGGGAGAGAAGAGGCAAGAAGAUGGCGCUUCUCCGGGCGGCACCGGCGUGUGCUCAAGUCCGCGGCCUGCACAGACUGGAGAAGAAAGAAGCGCCACGUGUCUCGGCGGAACUGAGGCGCACCUUCUCGACGUCUUGCACGAGUUCACCUACGGGGGUAGCUUCAAAGUUGCGGCACGCAGUUCCGAGGAGCGGCGCGAGACACACACGCAUAAGGGGGGAGAAGAGACCGACGCGGCGAUUGAAGCGAGUGUCGUUGCACUGCUGGAAGGUCCCCGAGAGAAAGAACCUGGUGUACGGACGCCAGAGGCCGAGCCACGAGACACGGCGUGCAAACUGUCUCUCUACUUCCACUUCAGAAACUCCGAGGAGAUGGUGCAGGCGCUCGCAAGUCCCGAGUGGGCAAGUUUCCAGGCGGCGUUGCGGCUUCUCUGUGUCUCUGACUCGCUGACGUCGAGGAUCUUCCACGGAGUCGUUCAUUCCGGUCGAGAAAUGACAGGCCUCCAUUCUGUCGCGCCUCCGGUUCUGGACCUUUCGCCUCGUCCGCCGGAGCCCACGCCGUUUGUGCCUCCUCAGGAGCAGGCAGCGGGUCCGCGACGAGACACUUUCGACUGGUCAACGCAGCUGGACGGGAGCGCAGUUGUCCAGGAGGAUCCGCGACUGCAAGACGUGGUGGAUCAGCUGCAGCUUCGCUUUGGCCACUUGCGCGACGUGAUUGAGAGAGUCACAAAAAAAUUCGGAAGUCUCGAGGCGUUCGCGAACGGAUACAAAGUAUUUGGCUUCCAGAGAGUCGAGGCAGAGCAGGGACGCCCCGGAGGGUGGUCCUAUCGGGAGUGGCUGCCGCACGCCUCGGAAGUUUACCUCUUUGGAGACUUCAACAACUGGAAUCGAACGUCGCACCGCCUGCAGCGCGAGCCGAAGGACGCGUUCCCCUUUUUCUUCGAAGCCGACCUUGGGCUGGACCCCGAGGCCGCUGCGGCUUCGGCGUCUGCCCAAGAGGAAGCGCGCCAAGAACAAAAGCAGACAGACGGCGGGGUGUGGAGUCUGUUCCUCCCCGACCACGCGGACGGCUCUUGGGCGCUGUCGCAUCGAUCCCGCGUGCGCGUUCGCGUGGUUUCUGAGAACGGCGAAGAAUUCGAUCGCGUCCCUGCGUGGGCGACCGUCGCGUGGAAAGGCGAGGACUCGAACUUGUUCAACGCCGUCAUCUGGAAGCCUCCGCGAGAAGAGGAGUACGUCAGCCGCCAUCCGGCCCCCGCCGCCGCGAGACUCAGCGGCGCUCCGCGGGUGUACGAGUCCCACGUCGGGUCAAGCGGGCCGGGGGGCGAGCGACUGGGGACUUACUCGGACUUCGUCGACCUCGUGCUCCCCCGCGUCAAACGCCUCGGCUACAACACAGUGCUGCUGAACGGCGUGGUCGAGCAUGCAGACUACGCGUCCUUCGGCUUUUACGUCUCGAGCCCGUUCGCCAUCAGCAGCCGCUUCGGGACUCCCGAGGAAUUUCGGCGGCUCGUCGACGCCGCGCAUGCCUUCGGGCUAAGGGUUCUCAUCACGCUCUACCACUCGCACGUGUCGCGCAACGCCUUGGAGGGCCUUGGCAACAUGGACGGCUGCGAGUCGACCUACUUUCUGGACGGCGACGCAGGCACAAAUGCGGAGUGGCAAGAAGCCAAGCUCUUCGACUACGGAAAGACCGAGGUGCUCAGAUACCUCCUGUCAAACAUCAAGUUCUUCGUCGACGUCUACAACGUGGACGGCUUUCGCUUUGAGGGCGUCUCGUCGAUGCUGUACACGCACCACGGGACGGCGUGGAAAUUCGACCUUUUCGACUACGCGUCGUAUUUCGCUGUGGGGUCGUUGCGCGCCUCGUCGCUGCUUUACCUCUCCCUUGCAAACACACUUCUCGCUUCUCUCCUUCCUGCCCCGCGACGUCUCUCGCUCGCGAACGAGUGGUCAGCGUUUCCGACUCUCUGCCGGAGAGUCGAGAAGGGCGGUCUCGGCUUCGACUUCCGGCACGAAGGCGGUUGGGCGCAGAAGCUGCGCAGGCAGCUCCAGCAGCUCGGCGGCCAUUCUUGGCGACUCGACGAGUUGGUUUGGGCGAUCGCCAGCAAACCCAACACGGAGAAGGUUCUUGCUGCGUUCGAGGACGCCGACACCACCCGUCUGUGCAGAAGGCCUUUGUCGGUCGCUCUCUUUUCGUGGGAGUCUCUGCACACGCACGCAGUCGGCGGCGUGGCCCCACACGUGACGGAGCUGGCGGCAGGCCUAGCGCGGCAAGGCCACGAGGUCCACGUCUUUGUUCGCGCCACGGGCAUGGAGCCUGUGUCGACGGUUCACUUCGGCGUCACCUAUCACCAGUGCACCUUUAAUCUCGACAGAGACUUCGUGAAGGAAAUGGGAAACAUGUGCGACAGCUUCGUCAACAAAUUCCUUGAAGUCGAGGCCGCUCGCGGCGAAGUCUUCGACAUUUGCCACUCCCACGACUGGCUGGCCGCUCGCGCAAUGGUCCGAACGAAGCAGCUGGGUCGGACGUCGAUCAUGACGAUGCACUCGACCGAGUUCGGACGCUGCGGAAACAACGCGUACGGCGGAAUUUCCAAAAGCAUUCGCGACAUCGAGGCCCAGGCGUGCCACGUGGCAGAUCGUGUGAUUUGCGUGAGCGGAGUGUUGAAGCACGAAGUGCAGAAUCAGUACGGCAUCCAUCCGGAGAAAAUCAAAGUUAUCUACAACGGGAUCCAGUGCGAACGUUUCGACGGCGAGGUGGACGCCGGCGAGGUCAAGGCGCAGUACGGCAUCGCCGCCAUGGAUCCGAUGUUUCUUUUCGUCGGGCGAAUGGUCGUGCAGAAGGGCCCUGACCUCCUUUUGGAGGCGAUUCCGUUCGUCUUGAAAUUCCGGAACGACGCCAAGUUCGUCUUUGUCGGCGACGGACACAUGAUGGGGCAACUCGUCCAGCGAUCGAAACACCUCAACGUCAGCCACGCAGUGCGCUUCGUGGGCCAGACUGGCGGGGCGGUGUUGCAUGCGCUGUUCAAGUCCUGCGACGCCGUGGUGGUGCCUUCGCGAAACGAGCCUUUCGGCAUCGUCGUCUUGGAAGCCUGGAGCUCUGGCAAGCCAGUCGUCGCGACGAACAGCGGAGGGCCGCGCGACUUUGUCAAUCCCGACCACACCGGCUACUUGGUGGAUCCGCAGCCUGGGAGCAUUGCGUGGGGUUGCUGCGAGAUUUUGAAGAACUUUGAGCACUCCCGAUGGAUGGGAUCUCGCGGGCGCGUGACGGCGGCUUUCAGUUUCAGCUGGGACUCCAUCGCGACACAGACUGCCGAAGUUUACUGCGAGCAAACGUGUCGCCACGACUUACCUCCAAACUGCACGAAUGCGAAAAAGGGCGACAAGACGAUGGCGCUCGCUCUCGUCGGGCCGGCUCUGCAUGCGCACAUGGCUGUCUUCGACGCCGACCCGAGCGUGGCGAGCGGCCUGGCCCUCUGGCGCGUUCUCCGGCUCCUCCUCUUUGUCGUCGCGGACGGCUGGCUGGGAUUCAUGGGCAACGAAUUUGCGCACCCCGACGAAGUUGAUCUUCCGCGACCUGCAAACCACUUCUCCAUGGCGAAAAACUUCCGCCGGUGGAACCUUGCAGACGACAUUCGCCUCAAAUUCAAACACUGCGAGUUUUUCGAGGCGUUCUUGAGUCACUGGGAAAACAUCUUCGAGUGCCAGAGCGCAAGUCACCUGUUCGUGGUGAGCUGCAGCGACAAAACCCAAGUUGUUGUCCUCGAACGCGGUGACUGUCUCGUAGCGAUCAACCUCCACCCCACGCAAAGCUACGAAGGCUUUCACACCGGGUGUAUGUACAGCGGCCCCGAGAUGCGCCUCUUGUUCGACACCGACGAGGAGCGUUUUGGCGGCUUCGGCCGUCUCACUGCCAAGAGUUUGCACCCCAUUCUCCCGGGGAAGGACAGUCGACCGCACUCGGUCAAGCUGUAUCUCCCGUCUCGCACAGCGGCUGUCUACGUUUCCAGUCAACUCUUUGACCAGACCUACGCUGCCAAAUGGGACGCCGAUCCUGUGAUGAAUUUCACAGCCGAUGAGUUCGUGGCACAUCUGGCGACCGUCACGGCGGAAUGCAUGCAGGCUUUCUCGUGA